AUGAGAGAAAAAGUUUACAAAAACAGCAAUAUCAAAUCCAGCAAAUUUAGCACUGAUUAUUAUUGUGUCAUUGAUUUCGAAGCAACUUGCGAGGAAGUUAAUCCACGAAAGUAUAAGCAUGAAAUAAUUGAAUUUCCCGCCUUGAUGGUGAAUGCUCGAACUCUAGCCGUGGAAAGCCAAUUUCAUUUCUAUUGUAGACCUGUCAUGAAUCCAAAGUUAAGCAGCUUUUGUACAAAACUGACUGGAAUUGACCAGGUUAGAUGA